AAGCGCGUAUUCUCAGUAAUUCUUCAGGAAUUUCGAAAGGUUUGUGAAUAUAUUCGUGGAAGAUAAUGACUACUGUUAAAAAAAUAGAUCAGAAAGAAUACCUCAAACGUUACCUCUCGAACGAUAAAGACAAAAAGAAGAAAAAAAGGAAAAAGGACAAAUCCGCUGGAAAGUCGAACGUAAACAUUAUCGACGCCGAUGACUUUAGUUCGCAAGCGCUGCACGACAUUCAGGACGAAUCGGAUUUGUUCGGGUUGGGUGAAGAAGCACCCCAGAUAGUAGGCAUAAUUGACGAGCGACCUCCGGAACUGAAGGCCAAGGAGGACUUCAGCAGCAGCAAGUGGAAAAAGCUAGCUGCAGACGGCUGCAGUGACGGGUGGGGUGCUGUUGCUUCCAGUUCAACUGGUUCCGUCGGAGAAUGGGGACGAAGAAAUGACCGAAGCCCUCCGCGAACGCAAAGGCGGAAGCAUUCAGAUGAGAGUCCUCCGCGGAGAGAAAAGAGGGCCUCGAAAUCGGAUCAGAGUCCGCCUAGAAAGAUGCCUGUUGGCGAGAAGGAUCUAGAUGAAUGUCCUCCCAGAAGGCAACGACGAAGGGAUUCGGAUGAAAGUCCUCCUAGGAGAAAAGAGAAAAGAAGACCGGAAGCCAAUAGUCCUCCCAGAACAGCGAAGCGGUAUGAUAGUCCACCCAGAAGGAAAGCGGAUGGUAGAUCAAGAAGGAACUCGGACGAAAGCUCACCUCGACAAUCUCCCAAAGAACGCAAGCGACAAGAUUCUGGUGAGAGUUCGACAAGGCGAAGAACAGAGCUCAAGCCAAGAGGACAGUUGGACUCUGAUCAAAGUCCUCCCCGAAAGAGACGAGAUGAAGCUUCCCGGCACGGCAGAACACGGCAAGAUUCGGGAUCAGAUAUAAGUCCACCGAGGCGUUCGAACCAAGACCGGAUACGAGACAAACAAGAACGCAGUCCGUCCCCUGUACACAGUCGAGCUUCUGUGUUUAGCUUACGACGGGUAAAACAGGAACCACCAGAUUCGGACGCGAGCCCUCCCAGAAGACGACACCGCUCACCGGAUUCCGAUCAAAGUCCGCCACGUCGAGGGACGCGCGAACGUCGCAGUCCUUCCGCGAGGAUAAAACGAGAACCUAGAAGUGAAUCCCCGCAGGCUGGUCCUUCAUCAUCCCGCAAGAUGACUACCACGUUGGAUGGAAAGCGAGCUGGCUUGCAGGAUGCCCGCUCACUGAAGGAAGAAACCGAUAAGUACCGACAGCGAGAGAAUGAACUGUUUGACAAAAUGUCUGCCGAUGCUUCCGGUCGGUAUGCGAAAACAGUGGUUCGUGAAAGAUCCGGAAAACGUCGUGACGUCGAAGAAGAGCUCCGACAGGAGUUUGAGAAGCGGAAGCUAAACGAUAAGAAGAAGGCAGUCUACACUCGUUGGGGCAAAGGCGUGAAGCAAGUGGAAGACUAUAAAGCCCAACUGGAAGAAGCUGCCCAUGAGAUGAACAAACCAUUAGCCAGAUAUGAAGACGACAAAGAUCUGGACCAGUAUUUGAAACAGCAAGAACGCAUCGGUGAUCCUAUGUUGGAGUACCUUCGGAACAAGAAGCAGGAAAAGGAUCGCCAGGAAGGUCGCCCCCAAAAACCGUUAUACAAGGGAUCAUUUCCGGACAACCGUUUCGGAAUUCGUCCCGGUUAUCGCUGGGAUGGUGUCGAUCGGUCCAACGGUUUUGAAAAGAAGUGGUUCGAAAUGAUGAGUAAGAAGAAGGCCGUCGAAGAGGAGGCCUACAAGUACAGCGUGGAAGACAUGUGAAGGAUGGUAAGUA